GUGAAACUGAUCGUCUGUAGCCUCACAUUUCUUAUACGGUCUAUCCCAUGCUGGACAAAUAUAAAUAUUUUCCUAUGUUAAUCAAGUACUUGAGAACUCUGGCAAACAGGACACCAGUUUACUCAAGGUAACCCAUUCAUUGAAACCCAGCACCAUUCUUGGGCCGUCUGAACAAUAUGGAAAACAAGAAAUCAAUACCAGAAGAAGAGGAGGACAGCAAACUUGUUUGUACGUACGGAAAAUGGGGCCGGUUCUUUCUGAACGUGAAAUGGUUCGUCCUGUGGCUCUGUAUCUUCGGUUUCGUGGAGGGUGCCGCUGUGAAUGGCGUGGUUAACAUCGCCCUGACUACCCUGGAGAGACAGUACAAACUGCCUAGCUCCCAGUCAGCUCUCAUCGUCAGCUCCACCGACAUCGGCGCUGUCCUGUUCGUUCUGGUGGUCAGUUACCUAGGAGCCAAAGGCAAUCGACCAAAAUGGAUUGCUACCGGAAGUUUCCUGAUGGCAGUCGGGUCGUUCAUAUUCACCAUUCCACAUGUGGCAUCUGAUCCAUAUGAAUACGUUUCAACCAGUGGAAACACGUCCCACGUAUGUAGCUCAAGUAACCCCGACCCCGAGUGUCUGACACAGUCCGGAUCAAGUUAUCUGUACGUGUUCAUGUUGGCACAAUUUGUUCACGGUAUCGGGUUCACUCCGAUGUUUACGCUUGGAACAGCCUACGUAGAUGACAAUGCCCCUAGUACAUCUACAGCUCUCUACCUUGGACUGAUUUAUGCGAUAACAGCACUUGGGGUGGCGGCUGGAUACAUGGGAGGUGGUCUCUUCCUCAAUCUGUGGGUGGAUGUUGAUAAAUCGGAAGUCGACGUUGCUAAAAUCACACAGGAACUGACCCCUAUGGACCCGGCUUGGGUGGGGGCGUGGUGGAUGGGGUUCGUGGUCACUGCAAUAGGGUUCCUGCUGGUCACGUUUCCCCUGUUUGGGUACCCUACCAAUCUACCCGGAACAAAACAUAUUCGUGAAGAAAGAAAAACAGAAGCUGAUAGAGAACGAGAAGAAAGAAAAAACAAUGAUAAGCGGCCAUUGAAAGAAAAAUUGUUGGAUUUCCCAAAAGCUCUGCUAGUUCUUGUUAAAAAUCCUAUGUACGUAGUGUUGAACUUCGGUGGUGCUGCAGAAACCAUCAUCAUUGCAGGGCUUGCUGCAUUUGCUCCAAAGGUUCUGGAGGAAAAAUUCAAUAUGCUGCCUUCCGAAUCCGGGCUUAUAAUGGGCGGGGUGACUUUGGCGGGGGGAGCUGGGGGAAUGGUUCUUGGGGGAGUACUCAUCAAAUGUCUCAAGCUGGGAAUCCGUGGGAUGAUGAGGUUGUGUCUAUUGAUGUCGUUCGUGGGACUGCUGGUCGGGGCCGGGUUCUUUAUCAACUGCGAAGAAACCAAUUUCGCCGGGAUAAACUUAUCAUAUACCAAAACUGGGUCGCAGGGCGGCAGCGGUAACCUGGCGGGCGUGUGUAUCUCGGACUGCCGCUGUAACAUGAAGCAGUACGACCCGGUGUGUGGGAGUGACGGCGUGACCUACUUCUCUCCCUGUCACGCGGGCUGCAGAGACAACUACACCUCUGAUGGGACUGUAAAGACAUUUCAAGACUGUUCUUGCGCCAAUGCCAAUCUGUUCAAUGCCACAUCAUCCGCGGCCAAUAAAACUGUGGCCACUUCCGGAGCAUGCGCCAGUUCGUGUAAUCUCGUCUUCCUCUUCAUCGUUCUCUUAUUCCUCGGGAUGCUGUGUACUCUGACGACAGUGACUCCCGUUUCUAUGGCAAUAUUACGUUGUGUACCAGAUGAACACAGGGCACUUGCUUUGGGAAUGCAAUGGGUGAUCUUGCGGCUUUUGGGCACUAUCCCUGGUCCAGUGUUGACUGGUUACGUCAUAGACACGGCGUGUGGGCUGUGGCAGGACCUGUGUGGGGCACGCGGAUCCUGUGAGGUGUACGACCGGUACGAGAUGAGCUGGCGGCUGUUCACCUGGUGGUGCUGUGUCAAAGUCUUCAGUGGAUCCAUGUACAUCCUGGCCAUGAUCUUCUGGAAGGAGCCAGCCAAAUCUAACGAGAAGGUCGUGUCAGACGCCUCGGACAUCAAAGGAAAGUCUCUGACCGAUGGUGGGGUCGUCAAUAAUGGAUUCCAUUCUCAGGAGAAUGGAAAUGGUAGACUUCAGUCUCCCAACAAUUCAAUUGUUGCUAAUGGGAGAAAGGACAGAGAUGGAGUAGCAGAGUCUACAUACAUGUGAGGUGUACAAACUGGAGAUUAUUUCUGAGAGCACAUAAAUAUCGCUAUGCAUAAACAUAUAUUCUGUUCAUUUUAUAAAUGUUACAUACAUAUUGUGUAUAUAGAAGUAGCACAUCUUAAUGGUAUUUAAUGAAGUGUAUGAUAUACUAACAGGUCUACAGAAUAAAUAUUGAAGGAUA